AAGUUCAGGUAUUUGUCAGUUAUCACUACUCCUGCUAAGGAUGGUUCGAAGACCCUUGUUAGUUUUCCGUUGGGUGCACCUGCCUAUUCACUUGUCACUUAUCACCUACCUCCUCACAGUGUUAGGUGAUGCCGAGGCACUGCGUCUGCGUUGUCAACUUGGUGACCUCAUAUUCUAACAACAACUUCCAUUCAAUAAUGUUCCUACUCUCUCUGUCUUAACACACACACACACAUAGAAAGAGAAAGAGAUGGGUAAGAGCGUAAGAGAAUUGGGAGUUGAAGACUUAGUGAAGGCUGGCUUAACUGCGUCAGAAGCCAACGAUUUGUACGGCGUCGUGAGGGAAAUCCUCUCCCUAUCAGCAUCCCAACCCUCAGACAUAUGGCGCCAACUUGUGAGUCGCAGAGUGUUGAAACCAUCCUACCCACAUCCCUUGCAUCAGCUUCUCUACUACUCUGUCUAUCACUCUGCUUUCCAUUCCCACCAUGCAGAUGCUCUCCCACCCCUUUAUUGGUUCCCUUCUCUAGAGCAGUCCAAACGCACCAACCUGGGUCGUCUCAUGGAAACUCACGCCCCUAAGCUUUUAGGAGCUUCCUACAAAGAUCCCAUUACUAGUUAUUCUCUCUUUCAUAGUUUCUCUGUUCAACACCCUCAGCUCUACUGGUCCCUCAUCCUCAAUGAACUCUCACUCUCCUUUGUUCAACCUCCCAACUGCAUUUUGGAUACUUCUGAUCCCUCAAAACGUGGAGGCACUUGGCUUCCCGGUUCUGUCCUCAACAUUGCCGACUGCUGCUUGCAACCCUCCUCACACCCCUACAGACCCGAUCACAGUGUCGCCAUCGUUUGGAGAGACGAGCGCUUUGAUCAUUCCGAGGUUAACCGUAUCACUCUCCAACAACUCCGACAUCAAGUCAUGUUGGUAGCAAAUGCAAUCGAUGCCACAUUCUCGAAGGGAGAUCCAAUCGCUAUUGACAUGCAGAUGACAGUCAAUGCUGUGAUUAUAUAUCUAGCCAUUGUUCUUGCAGGAUGUGUUGUUGUAUCAAUAGCUGAUAGCUUUGCACCAAAGGAAAUUGCAACUCGCCUCCGUGUUUCUAAAGCAAAGGGUAUUUUCACACAGGAUUUCAUAUCAAGAGGCGGCAGAAAAUUUCCUUUGUACAGUCGAGUCAUUGAAGCAGCUGCAUGUAAAGUUAUUGUGCUCCCAGUGAUAGGUGAUGACGUAGGAGUACAGUUAAGAGAACAGGACUUAUCAUGGAAAGGUUUUCUCUCUUCUGCCGUUUCGAAGACUAAGAACACCAGAUCAGAUCAUUACUCUCCAAUCUAUCAAUCAGUCGAUUCCGUCACUAAUAUACUAUUCUCUUCUGGAACCACAGGAGAUCCAAAAGCUAUUCCUUGGACUCAACUUGCACCAAUCCGAAGUGCUGCUGAUGGAUGGGCAGCCAUUGAUGUUCAAGCUGGAGAUGUCUAUUGCUGGCCUACAAAUUUAGGAUGGGUGAUAGGACCAACUGUAUUGUAUCAUUGUUUUCUGACUGGUGCAACUCUUGCUCUGUACCAUGGAUCUCCUCAAGGCCGUGAUUUUGGAAAAUUUGUUCAGGAUGCAGGGGUUACCAUUUUGGGAACAGUUCCGAGCUUAGUAAAAGCUUGGAAGAGUACACAGUGUAUGGAGGGCUUGGAUUGGACAAAGAUAAAGUCAUUUUGUUCCAGUGGUGAAACAUCAAAUGUUGAUGAUGAUCUAUGGCUUUCUUCAAAAGCUUAUUACAAUCCUAUCGUUGAACUGUGUGGAGGCACUGAGCUUGCAUCUAGCUACAUUGCAGGAAGUCCCCUACAGCCUCAAGCUUUUGGAACAUUUAGCACCGCAUCAAUGACAACUGGCUUUCUCAUUUUUGACGAAAAUGGAGUUCCUUAUCCAGAGGAUGUGGCUUGUGUUGGUGAGGUUGGCUUAUUUCCUCUCUCUCUGGGAGCAUCUGAUCGAUUGCUUAAUGCUGAUCAUGAGGAGGUUUACUUUAAGGGAAUGCCCAUUUAUAAAGGGAAGGUUCUUAGGAGACAUGGAGAUAUAAUCAAGAGAACGGUUGGUGGCUAUAUCAUUGUACAGGGGAGGGCUGAUGACACCAUGAAUCUUGGUGGAAUAAAGACAAGUUCCGUAGAAAUUGAGCGUGUCUGUGACAGGGCUGAUGAAUGCAUAUUGGAGACCGCUGCAGUGAGUGUUGGAACUGCAAAUAGAGGCCCAGAACAACUGGUUGUAUUUGUAGUUUUAAAGGAAGGAUACAAUUCGAAUGCAGAAACUCUGAAGUUGAAAUUCACUAAAGCCAUUCAAAGCAACCUUAAUCCUUUGUUUAAGGUAAGCCUUGUUAAAAUUGUGGCAGAGUUUCCUCGAACAUCUUCGAACAAAAUACUGAGGAGAGUAAUGAGGGAUCAAAUGAAGCGUGAGCUAUCAGUUCAGAGCAGACUUUAGUGAAACUAGUAUUUCUCAUCAGACCACGACAGAACAAGCACCAACGUUCAGUCCUCUUGGUGUGUAAUCAUUGAUCAAAGCUGCGAAAAUAAGUGUUGAAUUACAAGUGGUGGAUGAAUACACAUUAAAUAUAGCGCAAAAUAAGCAAAUCUGAUUGUAGAAUUGCAACCAUUCAAUGCUAAACAAUUAGACAAUCUAAUCCUAUAUAAUAAAGUCUUCAUUAUUGAAAGUG